AUGACUUCAAGGAAAGAAAGUAAAACAAUAGCAGCAAUCUCAUCUACUUUGUGUAGUAUUAGCUCAUCUUUAGUUACUCAUCCAUUUUAAGUUGUGAAGAUUAGACAGCAAUCGGAAAAUUAAGGAAAAUUUCUUAGAUUAGCCUUUGAAGUCUACAAAAAAGAAGGGCUAAUGACAUUUUACAAUGGAUUCUCUUAUGCAAUAGCUACUAAUGGAUUAUCCCUUGGUGUUUAUCUUUAUUUAUACGAUAGUUGCAAGCUUAUGCUUCUUGAGAGAUAUAAAGGUUUCCAUGAUGAACAUAAAGUUAUAUUUCCAUUAAUUACAUCUGGUAUCACAAGGUUUAUCACCUCAUCAUUAUUCUUUCCCUUCGAAUGUUUUAAAACAGUGAAAUAAUCUAUGCAUGGAUUUAGUUGGGUUCAUUUUUAUCAAAUGUUUAGAUAGUAAGGUUUGAAAGCCUAUUGGAUAACACUGCAAAGAGAUAUUCUUGCUACUUAAAUUUAUUGGGUCUUUGCUGAAAAUUUCAAAAUAUUUUUAAGUGAUAGAGAUGUUCCUGAUUUUUACAAAAACCUUCUGAUAGGAGGAGUCAGCGGACUUCUUGGUGCUUUUAUCACCUUACCUUUGGAUGUAAUCAAAACACAAAAGCAAACCCAUUUAGAAAACUCAAACAAAAGCUAUUUUCAAAUAUCGAAAGAUAUUUAUUAAAAAAAUAAAGGUAUUAAAGGAUUCUUUUUAGGUUAUUAGGCUCGUAUGCUAAGAGUAUCUACUUAUGGCGCUGUACUAAUGACAACAUAUGAAUACUUUUAUAAAUAAAUAUUUACUUUAUAUCACUCAUAUGACUGA